AUGAAGCAGGUCCUCGGUGGUCUUGAAGUCCUCUGCUUCAUGCGCGGACAAGAUAUCAAGAUUCGCACCCCUAUCGUUCUAAUGAACUGGACGAAUGGAGAAGAAGCACGAUUAUUCUCGCCCCUAGGAAGUGCUUCCGUCUACGCAAAUGGAUCCUCAGUUGCUCAAGCCCACGUCUCACCCUCAAACGACCACUCCGGCCUCACCAUGGGUGGCGAGCUAGCAAAGACCGGAUACGUAGGCUCCACUCCCAAUAUUUUCGCUGAAUACUCUAUCAGCGCGCAAUUCAAGAUUCACGUCGAGAAAAACAAUGAUCUGGAAGAAGCAAGGAAACCUCUAGGCUAG